GUUUGUUCUUGUCUCUGAAUUUGGGUUCAUCUAGAAUGGAUCAAAAAAGCAAUCGACGAAACUCUGAAACAUUUGCUUGACUGAUCUCAGUUGACAGUGACUUUAUCUUGGAGACCUUCGCCUGUCAGUAGACCUGUACGUCAUUUUUUCAACUUCUCCGCCGAGCCUUUUCUGCUUAGGUUUUAGUGGCUUGUUUUGUAACGACUGGUAGUGAAGCUGAAGAUUUUCAACACGUCAUGGCUUCUGGUGCAGCUCGCUCGUGCUACGAGGACUUUCUGAGCGGCGUGCUCGCUUGGACCCCGCGGAAGUUGCCGUCGCCGCACGCCACCGCGCUGGUGCCACGACGGGUGAACUUCGUGCCGCCCUCGGAGGCGCCCACGCCGCCGGAAAGAGACGAGCUGUAUGACGCUGACAUGGACGAUCUGGACGAGCAAUACGUCGCGGCACGGAAGAGUUGCAACUACUACGGUCCUCGUCGUGGCGGGCCUGCCGGGACGAGUGGACCAGUUGACGCAGGGACAAAAACAGACAAAGACAGUUCUGUGAUGAACAAAAUGAUAACUGCACGAACACAAACCGCUACCACAACUACGUCUAGCGCACCAUCAAACUCCGCGAGGAGCCCGUGUUCGUCGAUGAAUGAUAGUACUAGUUCAGCAGCUGCUGCCCAAGAAGCGACGACUACACCAAACACGCGGACGACGCGGAAACGAGGACGGGAAAUAAAUGUCCAGCAGCCGCCGGAAACGGGUGCUAGCUUGCGCAGUCGGAGGAGGAAUGGUUACGAGAGCAGCGGAAUGGUCAUCUCGGGGUCUAGUGACGACGGAGAAUUUGAUAGUGACAGUUCCUCGGACGUGUCUGAGUGUAGUUCAGAGGCGCUUGACGGGAAUGAACAGGAUUUUGAAGAAGAGAAUCGCGCGAAUGUAGUCCCCGCAGGAACCAACACGUCGCUGAAACGGCCGCAUCUCGACGCAGAAGAAAGCGCUGCAGCAGCCUCCACCCGGGAGGACGAUGCAGCCGGAAUCCGCAGCGUGCUGUCCUGUCCAUCGUGUUUCGCUCUGCUGGCCGAGAACGCCGAGCCGGACGCACAGGGCUGGUGGCGGUACCCCCCGCCAUCCGAUCGCAGUCGGAACCAUCCCAUGCCGCGCGUCGAAGUGUUGGUGGCAGAACAUGGAAUGAAAAUGAAUAGGCUAAAUCAUUUGAUGUCCUCUGCAACCACUCCCAGUGAAGAACAUAUUAGUAAGACCACGACCGGUACUACUAGUAGUUCCUCCGCAAUUCCGCCCCCAUUAGAUGCGAAGGAAGUCGUGUGCGCGUGCGUGGAGUGCGGGACACCGGUAGGCUACGCGGUCACCAAGGUGCGGAGUGUGAACUUGACGCAGGCAACGUACCGGUUCGUCUGCGUCUUGGUGGACUCCAGCUGGGGCGAAGAUUUGGACGAAAACUAGCGACAGUGCGGCGCUGUACCAAACGGAAUAAUGAAGUGGCAGGUGGGUUGGGUCAAUGGUGAAAUUGCGGAUAUUCAGUCUUGGCAAAUUUGGCGCGACCCUCCUUGUUCCAUUGACUUGUUCCUUUUCGACGACGACGACACGACUUUGAUGUAGUUCUUAGCGACUGACUUUUACCGCGAUUUUAUUUUUCCGCGAGGAAGUUAUGUAAUCCAAAU